CAAUUCAUCGUGCAAUGAAAGUUCCUUGGAAAGCUUGGAAAGGACGAAAAGAAAUAAUUACAACCAGUGCUGUGCUGGACUCACUGAAUUGGAUGACUUUCAACGCUUUGGGAACCAUCUCCUGAGGUGAGUUGAUCAAUUACAAAAGCUGCGGUUCCAUGGUCAAAAUGUAGCGAGUUAUCAAGAAAAGGCUGAUCGCGCCGACGACGGAUAACUUUUUCAUGGCGACCGUGAUACUACUCGCUCCUGUGCCAUUAUAAAAACAAGCAAACCUAGAAUAUACUUUCCCGUGGACAUGAACCUGAACACAAUCCACCUGAUUCUAGUGGGUGGUAAACCGGCGGCACAAGCUUCACAUAUUCGGCUGUGUUUCAUUCAGCUCGCUUGCGCCCCUGUACCAUAUCUCUGCGAUAAAGGGCAAGAAGUCAUGUCCACUAUUCGUCAUGAUGGCUGCUGUCGGAGGCAGGUGUAAGGAAUGGCAGUCAUGCGGAAAGGGGAACAAAUGAAACAAUGUAUCCAUCCCAUUACGCUUAACAUGAUUAUUGAGCCUGGUUCAGAAGUUGGUGGGCACAGUGGAACCGUAUGGAAUUACAAGAAUGGAUAGUUUUAUGACUAGGACUGUCUUCGACGAUUUGAUGAUUUUGCCUGAAUGUCUUCUUGCAAGCCAGCCAUUUACUGGCGCUUUGCCCCUUUCGUAUUAUGGACAUGCACACUACAUGCUGCAGCAGGAUGUUAUGCUCAAAUUGAUGUUCAUUAUUCAGUUUACGCUUCGUGUUCAGGAACUUACAAAGAUUCUCAUGAAGACCGGCCACAUCACCGCAGCCUUUGUUCGCGCAGUCCUUGAAGUUUCUCAUCGCUGCGGUUCCGGAACUUUUAUAUAUGAACUAUGAACGUAUACAUGGUAUAGCAGGCUUGUAGUAUCGAAUUGCAUAAACCUAUAUAACAAGUGACUACCAA